AUGAACGUUCGGGUGAUGCAGAUCUUCGGCUUCCUCUUCACUGUGCUGGGCUGGAUCUUCGUGGCCUGCACCAUGGCGAUGGAGUACUGGAAGAUCACGGCCAUUGGCGGGCUGGGCGGGUCCAACAUCAUCAAGGUGGCCUGGUACUGGUCCAGCCUGUGGCGAGCCUGCUUCACAGACUCCACCGCCGUCACCAACUGCAUCGACUUCCCUGUGCUCUGGUCCGUGGAAGGCUACGUGCAGGCGGUGCGCGGGCUGCUGAUGAUCGGGCUCUCUGGGGGAAUGCUGGGCUUCGUGCUGUCUCUGACAGGCAUGGAGUGCACAUACAUCGGCGGGAAAGACAAACACAAGAACCGCACAGUGCUCACCGGGGGGAUUUGCCACAUCAUCAGUGCGAUGUCGUCCUUCUCGGCCUAUGUGGUCUACGCACGCCAUGUUUCAGAUGAAUAUCUGAACCGCUUCUAUGGAGACCAGAAGUACGAUUUAGGAACUCCUCUGUUUCUUGGGUGGGUGGGGGCCAUGUUUGAAAUGACAGGAGGCGUGUUCUACUGCGUGUCAGUGCGGAAACUUCUCAACCAGAAGACACCUGCUGAGACUGACGCUGAGGCUAAAGCAUCCCAGGCAGAAACCAAGUCCAAACUCUAUGAGAAGUCCGUGCUCUACUCGAAGGCCAAGCUCUCCAUCAAACCCAAGCUCCCCUCGGAAUCUGCGCUGUCCUCGGAGUCUUCUCUUUCCUCCAAGUCGGACCUCUCCUCCGGGUCCGGGGAGAGCGGGCGUGGCAGCGGGAGCAGCAGCAGCAGCAGCAGCGGCAGCAGCACUGUGGGCUCUUCUCUGUCCAGCGGCAGCAGGAGUGACAGGAGGUCCGUAAACAGGAACUCUUACGUGUGA